AUGUCAUAUUAUAGCAUCAAAAGAAAUCAAGUCCAGUAUCUUGAGCAGCUGCAGCAUCAAAACAAGGUAAGAAAGUUAAGAGAAUUAAGUCAGAACAAAACCCGUGAACAUUUAAUAAAACGAGAGCAAGGAUUCCAUCUCUUAAUGAAUGGAGCAAACGAAAUAAGAAUUAGGGAGCACAGACAAAGAGAAGAAAGAGAAAGAAGCAAGUCUCCUGUAAUGAGAAAAAGAUGAAGUCAUAAAGCAGAAAGAAACGAGCACCAUCACAUCAAUUCAGAUGUCGCAAAACCAACUGAAAUAAUUGAAAGACAGCCAGAUAUUCAAGAAUCCACAGCAGGGUCUUUGCGUGUGUUAAAUCAGCCAAGCAAUACAGUGACUGCAGGCUUUGAAGCAAACUCUCCAACUGGAUCAGCUGUUGUUUCGCCUCGAUUAGAAUUUUCUCCUGAUACUGUAACAGAUUUAAAUGAAGAUGCUUUGAUAGAAACAAAGAUAAAUGAGCGAGUGAAAAGCCUUUCUUCUGCAAAGAAAAAGAAAUUAUUGGAAAUGCUAGAUGAACUUGAAAAGGAAUAA